AUGUGAGGAGGGAGUCCCAUCUUUGGGAGUUAUCCCACAUUGAUGUGAUUGGGGUUUUGGGGAUUCCUACUUAAAGGACCCUAUUUCUUUGUUAUUUGACAAGUUUGAGCAUAUAAAUUUUGAUAUACUCAAAAGAACUCGAAAAUACCUGAGAUUUCCAAAAUAUUGGAAAUCCUUAACUUUUUUGAGUUUUAAGUAAAAUUUUAAAGAGUUUGUUUUCUCUUGUUUUUUGGGUUUUGUGGUUGAGUUCUUGGGAUUUGAGGAGUAAACGAAUCUCCAAGUCCAACACUCGACUAAGGCUGCACACGAGAAAGGUUUCAAUUUGUUCUUCCACAACAAUCUAAGGUAUUCUUCCAUCUGAAAGUAUUGGUAAAACACCAUGAGUUCUCACCAGCCUAAUUCAAAUGAAGACAUUUUCGACUCAUCACUGAAUUUAGGGGACACAGACUACAACGAAGGCUACUCUGAAGGCUACUCCAACGGCCUAGCCUCUGGUAGAGAUGAAAGGCGCGAUGUGGGGCUCAAAACAGGGUUCGAAACGGGUGAGGAAUUAGGUUUUUACAGAGGUUGCAUUGAUGUCUGGAAUGUUGCAAUUUUAGUACAACCAAACUGUUUUUCGUCACGUGUACAGAAAAGCAUCAAACAGAUGGAUGAGUUGCUCCAAAAGUAUCCCAUUUCUGAACCGGAAAACGAGUUUGCAACUGAUAUUGUGGACUCAUUGAGGUUGAAAUUUAGAGCUAUAUGUGCGACGUUGACUGUCAAGUUGGAGUAUAAUGGAUACCCCAAAGCUUCCGAUGUCGGGAAUUCAGGAUUCUGAUUGGUUCAAUAUCAAAUGAAGAAACAUGAAGAUUUCUUUUCCUUUAUUAUUUAUUAGGGGAUGGGUUGACCAAAGUAGAAGGUACUAAAGGGUCAAAAAUACCCCUCUACUUUGGAAAAAGGCUAAAAAUAUCCUUCUGAAUUUAUUUUGGGUCAAAAAUACCCCUCCUGUCCUUAAAGUUUUCAAAUAUACCCUUGUCUUGGCGAAAAUUAUCCCUCAAAAUAACCCGAAAUAAUUUUUAAAACCCGCUCUCCAGUCAUUUAAACCCGACCCAACUAAAUAAUAACCCAUAAGAUCCUCUUAUUCCCCCAAUUCCCUCAAACUUCAUACCUACGUGUUGGGAGAAUGAGGGGAUCUUAUAGGUUAUUAUUUAUUUGAGUCGGGUUUAAAUGAUGAAGCGGGUUUAAAAAAUGAUUUUGGGUUAUGUGGGGAGAUAAUUUCCGUCAAGACAGGGGUAUAUUUGAAAACUUUAAGGACAGGAGGGGUAUUUUUUAUCCAAAAUAAGUUCGGAGGAUAUUUUUAGCCAUUUUUCCAAAGUGGAGGGGUAUUUUUGACCCUUUUCCCUUUCAAGAAGCAUAUUGCACUGAAUAUACAGAUACAAAAUUGACUUUGAGUACACAGUUUUUUUCUUUUUUCUUUUAAAGGUACAUUGAGUACACAGGUUAUUGCUACUCUUUAGGUGCAAACAAAAGAAUAAGGAAAAACAUGGUUGAGCUAUACAAAAUUGAUAAAGGAAAAAGGGUCUGGAGGAAUUGACACCUCAACAGAACCUUCAAGCA